AUGAAUACCACAGACAAAAGAUAUGCGUUUGAUUUAACGUUGUUCAAAAUAAUUGGUUAUUACCAAAUGAUUGAUCCAAACAGUAAAAAAAUAUUUGGUUAUAAUAUAUAUAACGUGAUCAACAUGGCGAUAGUUAUAUUUACAAGCAUCGUGACUGUUAUUGGAUUAUUGGGUUUUUUUUACAAACCCGAUAACAUAAAAUACGAAAAAAUCAGUUUUAAAGAUAUACAGAUAUUAUUUUAUCUUGCAUGUAUUAUGGUUGGAAAUUUAAAAAUAGGUAUAACAAUUUAUAAUGCUAAGGCAAUUUGGAAGUUAUUUAAUGUAGCACACGAAUCGUUUUUAUCCAAUAAAUAUUGGAAACAAAACAAACAUAAGAUCAACAAUUGUGGAAAAAAAUUCGCUAGAAUUUUCCCUUGGUAUUUUUUUAUGUUUUUAAUGACAGCAUUUGCAUGGUCAAUAGUACCUAUUGUUGUUAAUAACCAUGUCACAAGUAAAGAAAUACAAAAUAAUGAAAACAUUUACAUAACCAAUAUUGCAAAUAUGAGGUACCCUAUUACUGCUAAAACUUAUAACAAAUUUUAUAAGAUUUUUUACGUAUCAGAAUUCAUAGUGGUGUAUUACUCUGCAUAUGGAUUAGCAGUAUUUGAUCUUUUAAUAUUGGGAUUUCUUCAAUUAAUGGCUACUCAUUACGAGACAAUAGCAUCCGCGUAUGAAAACUUCAUAUGCAAGAUUGAAAACGAAAAUGGUAAAUUAAGCAAUGAAGAAAUUCAGAAAGAAUUUGUAUUAAUUAUUUUGGAUUGUCAAACUGUUUAUGAGCAAUUAGAAACAAUAUAUGGGAUUGCGCGUCCAAUUGUUUUAAUUUAUAUGGUAGGAGAUUCAAUAGGAAUGAUAACUAUGCCUUUUUUAAUUGUGAUGUUUUAUAUGCAAGACAAAUCAAUUUUCAAUUCUAAUGUUAUUGCAUAUUCAUGGACGCUGUUUGUUGUUGGAAUUCAAUUGUACAUGUACUGUAGUUUACUUCAAAACGUAAACGAACAAAAAGAAAAUAUAAAUUUUGGAUUAUACAGUUGUGACUGGACAUGGCUGGAUAUUGAAAUAAAAAAACUAAUAUUGUUGGCAAUGCGAAUGAACAGUUCAAAUAAUUUAAAAAUGAAUGUAACAUUCACAAAAUUUAUUGAUCUACCUAUGUUUGCAAAUAUUAUAAGAUCUUCUUAUAGCGUAACAUCUGUUUUAAUCAAUUCAAAUAUUCAUAAAAUAAAUAAAUAA